AUGUGCAGCAGCCGAAGGACUCGAAAGCAACAGCUCCCAACAUCGGCCCGUCCGCGGCGCUGGCUAUCCUGGAGCCUGGACAUGGGCAGCAGCAUCGCCAAGACGGAACGGGAAAAUAUCAACAAGCCCGCCGCGGACGCGGCCGUGCCCAAGGCCAACACUCACCACUCGGUGGUGCAGACGGCCACGUGGCGCGAUUCCAAGGCGCAGCAGAAACUCGACAAGAGCAGGAAGGUGACCGACGCGGCCGCGGACGCGCUCGCCGACGCCCAGGCCACUUGGGUCCAUGCGCACAGCGAGUGCAUGCUGGCGCAGACGGCUUCCAACGAGACGCAGGAGGCGCUGGAGGGGGUCCGCCAGGUCGAGGGCGCGGGCCUGGAGCCCGAGGCGCCGAACCACAUCUCGGAGGAGAAGCAAGAAGCAGUCAAACUCGGAGGCGCCGGCGGGGCAGGCCUCGCCGGCGCGGGCGGUGGUGCCCCCGCAGCCAGCUCAACGGGGAGCGCCGUGGACGGCUCUGGAACGCUCGGCUCAACAGUGGGAGCGGGCUCGGCUGCUGCUGGCGGCGUGGGCAAGCAGGACAGGCUCCAGGAACGGCUGGCGGAGGGCGCCAGCCUCCAGGGUGGCCACCACGGCGCCUCAUCAGUGAGGGUGGCGGCUCGCGGCGGCGUCAGGGGCGACGACAGCAAGACGCCCUGGACCUGCACGUGCGGGCGGCACAGAGGGAAGCUGGGCAUCACGGACCAGAUGCAGGGCAUGCAAAGCCUCAGCCCCUUCUGCCUCUGCCACUCAAAUGACAUUCGGCACGGCAUGCCAAGGAACGAGCAGGUGGAGCAGGCAGCAGGGCAGGUCGCGGUGUUGUCGAAGACGGCCGAUGGCUGCCGCCGGGUGCAGGGCGCCCUGAAGAGCGCCCUCAAGCCAGAUCAGAAGGCGAUCGUCCACGAGCUGAAGGGGCACGUUUGCGAGCUGCUGGAGUCCCCGCAUGGCAACCACGUGCUGCAGCUGGCGGUGGAGCUCCUGCCGCCGGACGCCGUCGACUUCGUGUGUAGCGAGAUCCUGCAGAGGUGGAGUGCAGCGGACCUGGCACGGCAGCCCUACGGGUGCAGGGUCCUCGAGCGCCUGAUUGAGCACUUCCCCAGGGGCCGUCUCGAGUGCGCGCUCCGGGACAUCCUCGGUAACGUGGAGACCCUGAGCGGCGACCAGUACGGAAACUUUGUGAUCCAGCACCUGUUGGAGCACGGGGACGACGCGCAGCGGAGGCACAUCGCUGGCGUGGUCCGGCAGAACCCCGCGCUCUUCGUCCACGGCGUCUCCGCGUGCGGGGUCCUGGACAAGAUCCUGACGUACGGCUCCUGGAACGACCAGGUGGACAUCGCGGAGCGGAUCGUGGCGCAGGAGCCCCUCCUGGCGACGAUGGCCGCCAGCGCCCACGGCUUCGCGAGCACCCAGCGCCUCUUCACGAUCGCGGCGCACGCCCGAGCGUGCCCUGCGGCCGCUGGAGGGGGCCUGCUGGAGGCCGCCUGCCGCCAGCUCCUGGAGCCGCCCGCGCUGGACAGGAUGAUGGCCUCCAG